AUGGUUCAUUCUGAUCGAGACUCCGAUAAUGAUGGAGAUGGUGAGGUGAAUCCGCUUGUGGUACCACCCUUGGAGAAUACACCAAGUCAAGAGGAGAUUGCAGCAAAAUGGUUCAGUCAAGAUGUCUUUAUGGACACCGAUGAAAGAGAGAAUUUGGAGAAAGAUGAUAGUGAAGAUGAAAUGCAGAUGGAUAUUCAAGUCGAACAUCCCACAAUUCAGGAGAAGACAAUUGAAGAUUCACCAACAAAAUUCAAGGGUUCAAGAAAGACGAGCAAAUUACCUACAAGGGAACCGAUUCUUGAUGAUGCGUACAACAAAUAUAUGUUCCAUGAUGAGGGAUUAUUUCCGAAGUGGUUUGUUGAUGACGAAAAGAGGCAUUACCAGCCAAUCAAGCCUGUGACAAAAGAGGAGAUUGCUGUAAUGAGAGCAAAGUUCAAAGAAUUUGAUGCUCAGCCAGCAAAGAAGGUGGUACAAACGAUAGCAAGAAAGGUACGUGAAAAUGCGAAAUCUAUAUUGGAUCAUACAGAAAUAUCAGACUGUUCGAAGAGAAAAAUGAUCGAACAGCUUUAUAAGAAGGCAAUACCUAAAAACCUAAGAAGGAAUAUGUGGUAG